AUGGCCUCACCCAUCCCUUCACACCCUCCCUCCCGUCCUACCCUCGUGACACCCACGACCUUCACCCAGGACAUCUCCCGCGCGAUCCUCGCGUCCGCCGACGGCCCCAAAUCCAUCCAUCUCGACUCGCAUCCUCACGGGGCAUUGGAGUAUCCCCCUCCGCCUCCCCCGUCGCCCGUCGAGUCAAGAUCAACACAUUGUUUCUGGGGGAGAGAGGGGAAACGAGCUUGA